UAUCAAUUGAACACCAAGAGGUCCCAAGUGGUUGUAGAAAGAGGUUUUCGUAAUUGUCAAUAUAAAUGUAUUGAUGGGCGUUGCUGGCCUCUCCCACGCCUCCUCUCUCUUUCUCUUUCUCUCUCUUCGUCCUCCCCAUCUCUGUCUAAUUUGUUGUUGGUGGGGCACUAUUAUAUAAUCUGGUUCAUCAUCUGCUUUGGUAUUAUACUUAAAAUUUGUUUUAUUAAUGAAUUUACGUUUCUCGCUUAACCGGGUUGCUCGUACUUUUCUGUUGAUGCAUUUUACGUGGAGAACAGAACUUCUAAGCUAUUAAGAUAUUCAACCAAUCUGUAAGAUUACUUUCCACUUCAUAUAUACGCAGUUCCGUUUCGUACAAUUUCUUUUGGCAGAAAAGAAACCCGGAUAUAUACCCGUUGUUUAUUUUAUCCUCUUGAAUUAUAAACUUUAAACUUAUCAACGAGACAUAUUUCACCUUUUAUUUCUCUCAACAGUGAUUUGAUUGUGGUCAUGCUGGGGCACCGCCUUAAGGAAUCUUAGUCGAAUGAAUCGCACUUUCAUUGCAAACAUGAAUAGACUAAUGGUAUUUGGAAUCAUCUGUGAAAAUAAAACAAAGGUUUCUCUUCUCUAUGCCACACACACGAUUUCCAUUAAUGGUUUUACGUCACACGUCAACAUCGAGGCUGAAUAUAUAAAUGAAAGCCAACACAAGACAGAAGCUAAGUUUGUUUUCCCUGUGGAAGAAGACAGUGCCGUAUAUAAAUUCGAAGCUAAAAUUGGUGAUGUCCAUUUAGUUGCCAAAUCUAAAGACAAAGAUGUUGCCAAAAAGGAAUACAAACAAGCUGUAGAUAAAGGUCAGUCUGCCAUUUUGUUGCGAGAGACAAGUACAUCUGGCGAUAUUUUUGAGUAUAGUUUAGGUAAUAUUCCAGCAAAUGAAAAGAUCCGUUUACAAAUAUGCCUUGUUUCUGAACUUUCUUGUGAAGUUGAUGGGGCAGUGAAAUUUCAUAUGCCAUUUGUGCUUAAUCCCAGAUAUGGUCUUAAACCUGCAGAUGAAAAUUAUCAAAAUGCACCUAAACCAAAAGAGUUUAGUUUCAAUGCCUCCGUCAACUGGAAUUCACAAAUCAAAGACAUCAAAUCAGAACAUCCAGUUAACGUGGAAUAUCAGGAUAACAAGUGUCAUGCUACUGUGAGAAUGGCAAAGGAAUUCAAUUUUGAGAAAGACCUUCUUCUGCAAGUGUACUAUGAAGAUGUAGAAAAACCACAAGUAAUUUUAGAGAAAGGAGAUGAGAAUUCUAAAGGAAUGUUUUCUAAAGAUAUUAUGAUGAUAAAUGUGUUUCCAGAACUUCCGCAAGUAAAACAAACUGCCGCUAAUGAUUAUAUUUUUGUUAUUGAUCGCUCAGGAAGCAUGAGUGGAGAGAAAAUUGAAGCAGCAAAAGAUACUUUGUUACUUUUCUUAAAAAGUUUACCUUUGGGUUGCUCAUUUAAUGUUAUCAGCUUCAAUAAUGAUUUUGAAUUUCUGUUCAAAGAAGGAAGCCGAGAAUAUAGUGAAGAUUCUCUGAAUGAAGCAUUGAAAUUCCAGAAAAAUCUAUUUGCUUCGGGAGGGACAGAAAUUCUUAGUGCACUGAAAUCACUCUCUGUCAAAAAACCAUUUCAAAAUUUCCAUCGACAAGCAUUCUUAAUAACUGAUGGUGAAGUCUACAACACAAACGAUGUCAUUCAAUUGGUCAAGUCACAAGUAAACAACACACGAUACUUCACAAUUGGUAUUGGUUCUGGAGCUUCUACAGAAUUGGUCAAAGGUAUUGCCCGCGCAGGGAAGGGACAAGCAGAGUUUGUGAUGACAAAUGACAACCUUAAGGCAAAAGUUAUGCGUUUAUUAAAAUUGUCAAUGCAACCAUUUGUAUCUUCGGUUUGUCUCUCUGCUAAACAUGGUGAAAACAAUAAAGAAUUAUCCUUUAUUUCAGUUCCAGAAAGGCUGCCAUGUAUUUUCAGUGAAGAAAAAUUAAUCCUGUAUCUAGUUUUGCAUGAAGCUGAGACUAGUUGCAAAAAUGUGAAAUUGAAUCUUUGUGGUAAAAUUGGUGAAACAGACUUUUCACUUGAUUUUGAAGCAAGUCUGUUGGGACAGAAUAAUAAGGAAGACAAUACACCGUCUUUGUGUGAAAAGAAAAUACAGGAAUUGGAAUUAAAUGAAGAUUUGGGUAAAGGUGAUGAAAUAAAAUCAGAGAUUAUCGAUUUGGGUACAAUGGCUAAUUUAGUUUCAAAGUACACAAGUUUUGUUGGUUUGGAUGAACAUGUUCGAUUGGAUUUUCAAAUGGCCUCUCUGGUAGCUCCAACACGUAGUGCCAUGUGUGGUUAUGUUUCUUCGUCACGAAUAAAAGCGUUUGGUGUGAAGAAACAUGUUCCAGAAUUUAUGAAAAGGCGUUGCAUGCCAAUGAUGUGUUUAGCUUCACCACAAGCAUACAAUCAAAAUUCUGUAGUUGCUGAAAGAGUAGAUGACAUUGAUGAUGAAUUGGAGGAUGACUCUGAUGAUGGUGAUUCUUUUGGUGCUGAUUCUGUGGAUUCAAGUUGCAUGCCUCCCCCAUUUAAAGUACGACGUGUGACUGAUGAGGAAUCCUUUAUGUCUUCUGGGUCAACAAAUAAAGAUAUUUUAACAUGUUUGGUUGGUCUACAAGCUUUCUCUGGUUUCUGGAAUCUAGACGAUCAGUUGGCUCAAGCUCUCAGUAUUUCUCUUAAGGAUCUGAACAAAGAGAAUCCAUCUAUUAGUGAUAAAGUAUGGGCUACAGCUCUUGUUGUUGCUGUACUAAGAGAAAAAUUAGCUUCCCAGCAUUGUGAAUGGGAAUUAAUGGAAAAGAAAGCAAUUGAGUGGCUGGAAUCUCAGAAUAUACAACCAAUGAAUUCAGAGAAGUUACUAGAAAAAGCUACAAACUUCAUAAAAAACAAAAUGGUUGCCUAGCGAUUUCUGUUUAUUUCAUAUAUUAAAACUUUCACUACUGUAUAACUGAGAAAAAUACCUUAACAUUUUAACUUAUAUAUCAAUACUUUACUAAUUCCUCUAAAAUAUCUGUAAACAAAUAUUUCAUAUAUCUAUACAGCUAUAAAAUAUAAUAAAAUAUAAAGCCAUAAUCCUAUA